AGUUCCAGAGCCCGACCGAAAACCCUAGCGGAUUCUCUCUCUAUCUCUCUCAAUCAAGAUCUCUUGAGCUUCAUCAAGCUUCGAUUUUGCUGCUGAUUUGAGGGGAAGGAGAAGGAGAUGCCGAAGGUGAAGACGAGCCGUGUGAAGUACCCAGAAGGAUGGGAACUCAUCGAGCCGACUCUCCGCGAGCUCGAGGCUAAGAUGAGAGAAGCUGAGAACGAUCCGCAUGAUGGGAAGAGGAAGUGCGAAGCAUUGUGGCCUAUUUUCAAGAUCGCGCAUCAGAAAAGUCGGUAUAUUUACGAUCUUUAUUUCCGCAGGAAGGAGAUUUCGAAGGAAUUGUAUGAGUUUUGCUUGGAUCAAGGGUAUGCGGAUCGUAAUCUGAUCGCCAAGUGGAAGAAGUCUGGAUAUGAACGUCUUUGCUGCCUCCGUUGUAUGCAACCACGAGAUCACAACUUCCAGACGACAUGUGUGUGCAGGGUUCCAAAACACUUGAGGGAGGAGAAGGUUAUAGAAUGCGUCCACUGUGGUUGCAGGGGAUGUGCUAGCGGCGAUUGAGCUUUUCUUACAUCCAAUCCCAACAACUCUUAAUUAAUAGUCUGUGUGACAUUAGGCUCCUUCCUUGACUUAUAAUUUGGAGUGUAUCUCUGAAUAUUGUAAUAUUGAUUGUCAUCUGAGUAGAGGAUCAAACUGUUGUCAAUUUCUAAACCAGAAAGUUGAUUCUGGCUGAACAAGGUGUGUAUGUAUUAAUCUGGGACAUAUAUUGCACAGGAAUCAGGAUGGCCAAAAUUAAUGCUUAUCUCUGUGUGAAAGUCUCUUC